AUGGCUGUCCUGCAGCUCAUAACCAUCACAAUCCUGACAGUGGGGAAGAUACUUCUUUGCUCUUGUGUAGGCCUUUUUGCCUCAAGGUACUUUGUUGAACCGGAACAGAGCGUAAAGGGGCUUAGUACUAUUUCUGUUCUUAUUUUCCUCCCGUGUCUUCUUUUCUCCAACCUUGUGCUGCAAGUUACAUGGGAGGAGUUGGGGCAGUUUUACUGGGCCCCUCUCUUAGCCUGCGUUACCACCAUAAUGGGGUUUGUCUCUUCGCAGGCGUUUAAGCUAUUUCUCCACCCGGAGUGGCACAGCGUACUUGUAUUGGGAUGCACAUUUCAAAAUGGUCUUACAUUUUCGUUGUCAAUUCUUCUAACUAUAAAGGGUGUGUCGUGGCUGACACCAGAGGAGAGACAGCGAGGACUAUCAUACAUUUUUCUGUAUAAUAUAGUCUGCUCUCUUGGGCUGUGGGGCAUUGGAGAGCCAAUUAUCAGAUCUUGUAAGAAUAAACUUGAGCAGAAACAUCUUCAGUGCCAGCAGCUGCAAGAACGCGCAGUAGAAGAGGAAAGAAAUAAGAUGCGGGAUCGAAUAAAGACGGCCGAGAAUGCGCCAGCUGUUUUCUCUCCGUGUGAGCGAGACCACUUCCCAGAUGAAAAUGGCACAACAACUGAUAUAGCAGGAGAAGAACCCGCAGAGAUCCCUGCAGAAGGGAAUUCGGGUUCUACAGUAUCCAAUCAUGAUCUAAAAAGGAUAGUAAGGAUGGCAACAGUGGAAGAACAGCUUGCGUGGUAUCGUCCAUGGAAUAGUGAGGCGCCGAUUCAGCUUGGAGGCGUAGAUCAUUCAUCUUCGUUUCUUGGAGAUGUGCUCUCACGUGUGAGAACUCUUUUGAAAGUUCCACCGAUAGUUGCCACCAUUGGAGCCCUCAUUUUUUCAUUAGUACCGCCACUGCGUUGGUUGGCGGAGUCGCCCCAGGGCGAGGCGCUUAUUGGUGGAAUGAAAUUAAUUGGGGCGGGAACCAUACCACUUCAGCUUCUCAUACUUGGUUGCACCGUUGCAGCUGCAUGCAAUCGUUCUUCUAAUGAUAAUAGGAUUGAAACAACAGCAAAUGAAGAUGAUGGGGAAUCUCUAAGUGAAGGGGAAAUGGUUGCUGAUACACCGAAGGAAUACAUUGAUUGCUUUCCCGUUUCUCAGUCGUUGCUUUUUGCAAUCCUGACGGUGGUUCUGCGCCUUAUUCUAAUUCCGAUGGUCUGCUUUGUAAUAAUUCAUUUCCUUUACAAGAGAGACGUUAUUCCGUCGGAUCGAACUUUUUUACUUGUAAUAUUAUUGGGAUCGUGUGCCCCUUCCGCCAUAAAUUCCUCUCUUAUUUGCUCCAUGCAUGCAUACAAGGCAAGACCAUAUGCGCAGAUGAUAUUCAUAAUGUACGUUUCGGCCGUUGCAACCACGGCACUGUGGCUCGCAUUUUACAUAUGGUACCUUGGUGAGUGA